AUUCCUAGUGUUACUUCGACUAUGACUAGCCUUGGUUUGUCGUUGUUGGCUGUAUUGCUAAAUGUGUAUCUGUGUCAGGCGCAGGUGUUGGAUAAGAAUGGGAUAAAUGUCGUCACCAGAUAUCAGGAAUAUUAUGUGACGGAGGGAAGAACAAUUUCAUUCAGAUACUAUAAACAAAUAUGUACUAGAACGUGCAGUUUCCGCUUCGGUUUUUGCUUCCGUAGAAAGACAGUGUGUCGAAAUCAAGCUCGCACUGGUUAUAAAGCAAUAUACCAAAGAGUGAGGAAAGUGAGACCAGUGUAUUAUUGCAAAGACGGCUGGAGGCAAAGUGGUUCCCAUUGCACAAUUGCUGCAUGUAUUGGAUGCUAUAACAGAGGAUAUUGCAGACAGCCGUGGAUUUGCACAUGUCACGAAGGCUGGAGAGGUUCUCAAUGCCAAAGCGAUUUCAAUGAAUGUGCUCGAAGUGAAACGAACAAAUGCAAACAUAAAGAUGGUUGUGUCAACACUCAUGGAAGUUUCAGAUGUACAUGUACUGCUGGUUAUCGAUUGCAUUAUGAUUCAAGAACGUGCAACGACGUUGAUGAAUGCGAGGGAGACACACACAGCUGCAGCGCAAAUGGAUUUUGUCACAAUACUCAAGGCAGUUACAGAUGUUCUUGUAAGAAAGGAUAUCAACUGGGCAGUGAUCAAAGGGCAUGCCAAGAUGUGGAUGAAUGCAAAACGUAUCAAAAUGACUGCGAUUACAAAGCUGGUUGUCAAAACAGCGUUGGAAGUUUUAGAUGCACUUGCCAAGCUGGAUAUUAUCUUGACGCUGACAGGAAAACAUGCAAAGACGUGGAUGAAUGUGUUAACAGCGACUGUCAACAGAACUGUGUCAACUACCUCGGUGGAUACAAUUGCUCCUGUAAUAAUGGAUACAGAAGAAACAAAGCAAACUAUCAGUAUUGUGAUGAUAUAGAUGAAUGUUUUGAGAAGAAAGAUGGAUGCUCUCAGAUCUGCACCAACAAAGAUGGCGAUUUCAUUUGCAGUUGCAAUCAAGGAUAUCAGCUUACAUGGGAUAAGAAACAUUGCAUUGAUAUUGAUGAAUGUUCCGGUAAACAGCAUGGUUGCGAUCAUAGCUGCAGAAAUACACCUGGAUCAUACGAAUGUUUUUGCGACGAAGGAUACGAUUUAUCGAGUGAUGGUAGAACCUGUAAAGGUAAACUAUGUUUAAUUAUUCACCCACCGGUGAACGGUAAUAUGGCCUGCUCAAGGAAAACAACCGGAGGUACAUGUGUCUUCUCUUGCUCCACUGGAUAUAAACAAAUUGGUUCACACAUAAGAAGAUGCACACCCUCGCGACGAUGGACUGGGAAAGAAGCAAAAUGCGAACCUAUCUAUUGUCCAGACCCUCCUGAACCAAUCAAUGGAUUCAUUUAUUCUCCGUGCGACACAAGGUUUAAUUCAGAAUGCAUAGCAGGCUGUGAUGAUGGUUUCCAUAUCAAUGAGACGUCAAAAUUAAGAUGUACAGUGAAUGGUCGAUGGGAGCCGAAUAAAGUGACAUGCAAUUUGAAAAAAAGAUGUGAACCUAAUCCUUGCCUCCAUGGUGGCCAAUGUUCUGAUGUAACUUCAAGCGAGUUUUCAUGUGACUGCUCGAGGACUGGGUACAAGGGAAAGACGUGCGAAAUUGGCUUUAUAAGUAUACCUGACUAUCCCACAAUAUUUGCAGAUGGUACUGCCACUUCUGUAGAGUUUCGCGUUUCACCACCAGACAACGACCUGCAGGUGACCAUUUUCCCAAAAAGUGUCGGAGUUGAGUUUAAUCCAUCUGAGUUACUUUUCAAAAAAAAAACUACAACUUCGCAAACUGUAGCAAUAAGUGCCCAAAGACCAGGGGUUCAUUUCGUGGAGUAUUUUUUGUCUAAUUCUGGUUCAGCUGGGUUUGAGAAACCAGAAACAAAUGUGCUUAUUGUCGAAAGUACUGAAAACUCGGCUGUGGACAUUUUGGAAGAAGAUUAUAGGACAUUUCCUUCAGGAUGCUACAGCGUUGAACGUUAUCAAUGCCCUCGUUCACAAGUACGAAUUACAGCACGUUCAACGAGACCUUGGCGGCAAAUUUUUGGUAUAUCGAGUAGAACUAACGGCAUAGUGAGUUUCAGCAAUGGAAAAUUCGAAAUACCUUAUUCAAUAACAGGUGACAAGUUUAUAUCUAGAAGUGCAUCGAGUUUGAAUAAUAAUUGUGGACCCAGUCCAGCAAAGAAGUAUUCCUUGGCUGAGAUGAUGAAACGCCGAGUCCUAACCAAGUCUUUUCUUAACGUCGUGCGAGACAGUUUUCCGAAAUGGCUGGAUGUAAAACUACGAGGAAAUCUAUCAUCGAGAUCGGUUGUUGAAGAUGACCUUAAAGUGCACUUCCUUAUCUGGAAAACGUCUCCUUGAGGAAUUGAAAAUUACA